GGCAGGAGGCACUUGGGGAUCGUCCGCAGGGCUGGGACUGCUACAGAGGCCGCCACGGAGCCUUCCGGAGCCACCGUUCCUGCUGCCGCUGCUGCUGCCGCUGCCCGGGUCGGAACCGCCGGGCCGCAGCCGCAGGCAAUGCCGCGAAGGAAGAGAAAUGCAGGCAGUAGUUCUGAUGGAACCGAAGAUUCCGAUUUUUCUACAGAUCUCGAACACACAGACAGUUCAGAAAGUGAUGGCACAUCUCGCCGAUCUGCACGAGUCACCCGCUCUUCAGCCAGGCUAAGCCAAAGUUCUCAAGAUUCCAGCCCUGUACGAAAUUUGCAGUCUUUUGGCACUGAGGAGCCUACCUAUUCUACCCGAAGGGUGACGCGUAGUCAGCAACAGCCCACACCAGUGACUCCCAAAAAGUACCCCCUUCGGCAGACGCGCUCAUCUGGCUCCGAGACGGAGCAGGUGGUCGAUUUUUCUGAUAGAGAAACUAAAAAUACAGCUGAUCAUGAUGAGUCACCACCUCGAACUCCAACUGGAAAUGCACCUUCUUCAGAGUCAGACAUAGACAUCUCUAGCCCCAAUGUGUCUCAUGAUGAGAGCAUUGCCAAGGACAUGUCCCUGAAGGACUCAGGCAGUGAUCUCUCUCAUCGCCCCAAGCGUCGUCGCUUCCAUGAAAGCUACAAUUUCAAUAUGAAGUGCCCUACCCCAGGCUGCAACUCUCUAGGACAUCUUACAGGAAAACAUGAGAGACAUUUCUCCAUCUCAGGAUGCCCACUGUAUCAUAACCUCUCGGCCGAUGAAUGCAAGGUGAGAGCACAGAGCCGGGAUAAGCAGAUAGAAGAAAGGAUGCUGUCCCACAGGCAAGAUGACAACAACAGGCAUGCAACCAGGCACCAGGCACCUACAGAGAGGCAGCUGCGGUAUAAGGAAAAGGUGGCUGAACUCAGGAAGAAAAGAAAUUCUGGACUGAGUAAAGAGCAGAAAGAGAAAUAUAUGGAACACAGACAGACCUAUGGGAACACUCGGGAACCUCUCUUGGAAAACCUGACAAGCGAGUAUGACUUGGAUCUUUUCCGAAGAGCACAAGCCCGGGCUUCUGAGGAUUUGGAGAAGUUAAGGCUGCAAGGCCAAAUCACAGAGGGGAGCAACAUGAUUAAAACAAUUGCUUUUGGUCGCUAUGAGCUUGAUACUUGGUAUCAUUCUCCCUAUCCUGAAGAAUAUGCACGGCUGGGACGUCUCUACAUGUGUGAAUUCUGUUUAAAAUACAUGAAGAGCCAAACAAUACUCCGCCGGCACAUGGCCAAGUGUGUGUGGAAACACCCACCUGGUGAUGAGAUAUAUCGCAAAGGCUCAAUCUCCGUGUUUGAAGUAGAUGGCAAGAAAAAUAAGAUCUACUGCCAGAACCUUUGCCUUUUGGCCAAGCUUUUUUUGGACCAUAAGACAUUGUACUAUGAUGUGGAACCCUUUCUAUUCUACGUUAUGACAGAAGCGGACAACACUGGCUGUCAUCUGAUUGGAUAUUUUUCUAAGGAGAAGAAUUCAUUCCUCAACUACAAUGUAUCCUGUAUCCUCACCAUGCCUCAGUAUAUGAGACAGGGCUAUGGCAAGAUGCUCAUUGAUUUCAGUUAUUUACUUUCCAAAGUCGAAGAAAAAGUUGGCUCUCCAGAACGUCCACUCUCCGAUUUGGGCCUCAUAAGCUAUCGCAGUUACUGGAAGGAAGUGCUUCUUCGUUACCUACAUAAUUUCCAAGGCAAAGAGAUUUCUAUCAAAGAAAUUAGCCAGGAGACGGCUGUGAAUCCCGUGGACAUUGUCAGCACUCUGCAAGCCCUUCAGAUGCUGAAGUAUUGGAAAGGCAAACACCUAGUUUUAAAGAGACAGGACCUGAUAGAUGAAUGGAUAGCCAAAGAGGCCAAAAGGUCCAACUCCAAUAAAACCAUGGAUCCAAGCUGCUUAAAAUGGACCCCUCCCAAGGGCACUUAAAGUGACCUGUCAUUCUGAGCCAGCGAGCCCCAGCAGUAGGAAUCCGUACCCUAGGGAUCUGUCUGUCAUUUCUGUUGCUCUUGUGAUUGGCAAGUACAGUAUCCUUUGGGAAGGCCAUCCCCCUCAGACUGUCCUGGCUCCGACCUUCGUGUACACUGUAGACGCUGGUUCUGAGGAACUGUUGUUUCGGCCUCAGUGAGGUUGCCUGGAUGGAUCUGUAUUUGGCUUGAGUGCAGAUCCCUCAUAGCACUGACCCAAGGAGUUCUGUUAUGGUACUGUACCUGUCCAGUCACUGGUUCCCUCCUCAUGUUCUCUAGCCCCAUGAGGUGUGUCGUGUCCUUGGAACUUUGUACUAGUGCUUCUUCCUGCCUGGUCACCAUACUUCCAAAUGUGGUUGCCACCAAAGGGACCUUUCCAUUUACUCCUUACACAUGUCUUGUGGAGAGGCAGCGAUGAGAGGCAGCACUUGUGAGUAUGUGUAUGUACUAGGGAGGGGUCCUUUCAUCUUGAAUUUCAUCUCACUGUAACUUUUUUCCUCCGUUUUUGUCAAAAGACUUGUUUUUGAUCAGUCUCAGGCUGACUGAAGUUUCCCAGGGAUUAGUCUUGAUAACAACACCUGAUCCGUCUGAACAAGAUGGGAGAGGAAUAAGAGGUGGUGAUUUCAUGUUUGCAUUUUUGUUCACCUAUGGGCACUGGGCAAUGUUGUGGUGAAAGGAAAUGGAUAGUUCUUUUUGCCUCACCAGAAAGUGUCCAGCAGUAAAUAUUUUCUUGUAUUCUUUAUUCCCUGCCCCAUUAGGAUUUCAGGUGCCAAUAUAAUUUCCAGUUCUUUUUCAUGCUACAUGUUAACUGGCUAAUUAUCCUGCAAAAUCUUUUUACCUGCCUGUACCAGUAUAGGAGCACCUAUACUUCCACAUAAGUUGCACUGAUUUUGUCCAGAGUGUCCUGGGAGAAGUGGAAAGUGAUCGAAACUGUGUCUCAGCCCGUGACUCACUCAGCACAGUAGAGUGACCACCCUGCUGAUGUUUGCUUCUCUUUUCAACAGUGCCUCCCCCCUCCCCCAGGCUGAAGUGCUUCUGCCCCUCCAAGAACGGCUCCUCAAGUUCCUUUUUGGGAUGUGCCACCAUCCUGGUCUCUGCUCUCCUAUUUUUGGUGGUGUUCAAGUGAAGGAAGAGAUGUUCCCUCUAAUUUCUCCCUGGCCUGUUAUAUAACCCGCUAUCUUGGGGCAGCUUUUGAUGUCUGACAUAUGUCACCCUUCCCAACUUGGUCUCCUCCAGCACUGCUGUGUUCACAUGGCUCCCUCACCACAAUCCCGACUCUGGUCAUUUGUGCCUUUCUCUUGUCAUCUCUGUACACUACUUAUAUUCACUGUGGGUUGGGGGAAGCUGAGUUUAAGCAUGUUCAGUGGUGGCUCCCCUCCAGUGUCAGUGUCACUGUUAAAACGUAUCCAAAAGCAACUUCACUGGGGGUUUUCUUACGGGGUAAGGGCCUUUUACAGAUGCUGACCCUCCCCACACGUGGUAGAAUGUGCUCUUCUGUAUCUACGACUCAAUAAAGCAUGUUCUCUGCUCA